AUAUCCCAAAUACUAAUAGGUGAACCGGAUCGGCAAUGGUCCAAGACAAACCGAAAAGCUUGACGGAUCAUUGCAAUCUGUAGAUCUGUGGCUACAGAGAGCGGCACCACAAACUCCUAUACUGUUGCCUUGUCAUUUCCCUGGGCCCCAAGGUGGCACACAUUCUACCAACGUUAGCACGCUGCUCAUGUGACACUCUUUCAACCAUCCAGAGAAAUAUUGACGGACCCAUCAACGUCAACGAGCCCCUCGCCAAGGGUCGUCAAGACGUUGUCUGAACCCCAACCACGGCAACCACUCCUUUCGUGGUAAUUUCUGACCGCGUCAGAACGUUGUUCCCUGCGGAGGGGGACGACGUUCGAGAAACGCUCUUGCGUGAGGUCAACGAAACGUUGACCUGCACCGGUGGUGUACUGAUUCCGCCUCCGCCGCUCGAGUCGUCUUCGCCGUCUGGUGGUUCCAAAGUGGCGGUCAUUCCCAAGCAUGAAACCAACCACUGCUCCGACUCGCUCGACUUCACACCACCAAGUCGGCCAGAAUCGGUCAACUCAUCACUCUCGUUCCUUCACCUCCUCCAACCUGGAAAACUCGGUCGGCGCAGGAGCAAAUCCACAGUUAUUAUUCCCCUCUGCUCAUAGGGCCACCACCCCACUCAAUCAGACUAUCGACUCAUCCGAUCAUCAUUCACAAAGAACUUCCAGUCAUCUCUCAACCAGUCCUUCCCUCUCAAGGCCUAGGCUGAUACGACAUCUGCUCUUCUCAACCCCAGAUUCAUCUUCCUCAUCUACAGUCAACCAUCAUCACCAACAGCAGCAACAACAGCAGCAGCAGCUGUUUAAACAUCACAAGUCUCAUCCAUCUCACCGUCCAUCAACCUCCCAACCAUCCACCUCAAUUCAUUCCCUCUCUCGAUCAUCAUAUAAUACUCAUCAUCAGUUGUCGAAUCCACCACCCCUCCGGGUCGGCUUACCUGUGAUUUGCGUUGCUCGUGCGCAUCAACCUAAUCAUCCUCAUCAGCAUCAUCGCUCAGAUUCAUACCAUUACUCUCAUGCCAAACAACUCGUUGCCAUCGCUAGCAGGACCGAGAUCAGAAUUCUUGAGCUCAUCAAUCACCAUCACUCUCUUCCCUUUGAAGCCCCCCGCCGCCAACAGCAUUCUAGCUUUAGUCCAUCUCUAGCUACUCAUACCAGGGUCGAAACGCGGCCUUCGUUUCCUUCCCGCUCCCUUGACUCAAGCACCACAUUCGACGACCGGCUUGCCAUCAAGACUAAUAGUGAACUUGGGCCAUCCUAUGGCGUAUCUGACCUUGGUUGGGGUUAUGCUAGUACAACAUCCCAGCUAGCUACUGGGUGUACCAAUGGUUCCAUUGUUAUCUGGGAUAUCAACCAUCCCAUCACCCAAGAUCCCAUCCAGCGUCACCGUUCACUUACUCUUGAUCAUGCUCACAAUCGUGCAAUUAACAAAAUCACAUUUGCUGGACCGACUGGCCAUUGGAUCGCAUCGGGCGGCCAAGACAGUCUCGUCAAAAUUUGGGAUGUCCGGGAAGGUCCAAGGCCGACUAUGACACUCACUACCCACACCGAUCCUGUGCGUCAGUUGAGAUUUUUUCCAGACAGAACAGUCAAUCCAUUUGAUCUGUUUGUGCUUACAGACUCUGGAACCCUUUCGCACUUUGAUCUACGCCAAGAUAAAAGCUGCCUCACCCGGAGGGUGGCCCAUGCGUCUACCGGUGUUGGAUUAGAUUGGCUAAGCGAUGGAUAUAACAGUAUGUUAGCAUCUGCCGGUGCCGACGGGAUUGUGAAAAUUUGGAAUAUGGCCGACUCCAUUCUGCCAAGCACUGCAAUGCGUACUCUAGUGGUGGGUCGAUCGAUUUGUGGUAUGACGUGGCGUCCAGGAUAUUCUACCCAGCUGGCAAUCACACCAAGUUCAGUCAUGGCUGACCUUGAACAACAAGGCUAUUCCGAUUAUGAGCGUGGUCCCAGUUCUGCCAUGAGUUCAAAUUAUUCAGAUGAUCUGAUGCUCAAUAAAGGGUUAAGCGCUACCGGCGCUAGUUCCGUCUCAGAUGUUGUAAGCGAAUCCAGCCACAUGGGAGGCGGACGACAUAGCGAAAUCUUACUAUGGGAUAUCAGGCGUCCAUAUGUUCCUGAGAUGAUUAUCCGGGGCCGGGACGGACCUGCUUCCGGUAUGGUUUGGCUCUCAGCUGAUCUGUUGCUGACAACCCAUAAACGGACUUCAGCCAUUGUUCAGCAUGACAUUAGUCAGUCACAGGCCAAGUACGCUGAUGAACUACCCUCACAGGCUAUGGCUGUUUCAAAGCAAGGAUCACUUUGUUUUUCUCUAGGCAGUAAGAAAACCGAUAGCCGCUUCAAUAUUGAAGAAGAACUCCGCUCCGCUAUGGUUCACUCGAUCGAUGAACUCCAACCUCCCCGCAAAUUCGAAUUCCUUGCAUUAAAUUAUAAAUUCGAAUAUCAUUCCUUCGAACGUGUAUGCGAGCACAAUGCCAAUCUUUGUCGCCGAGUGGGCCAACCUGAGCUUUGGCAGUUAUGGAUGGCGGUCAAGCUGUGGUUCACCCCACAGGUAUCGGCUGCUCUUAUCGUUGCACAAGAAAUGGCUUUAGGUUCCAAUGGGAACGACGAACGGGCGAUUGCUAUGGCAAUGCGAAGAGUGCUGAAGGAGGAAAGUAGCGAUGAGGGCGAAAUGGAUUAUAAUCAAUCCGGCGGCGAUCUAGAAAGCAGUUGUGGCAGACGUUCCCCCAGCCAAGAUCAAGCAUCUCGCCAAAAUUCAACUAGCGGAAGCAGAACUUGUAGCGGAGACAUGCGCUCUAAGAGAGAAGAGUCUUUGGACAGAUCCGAAACUCAAUCUCCUCUUCCCAAAAGUGAUCAAGACCCAGGACAUCGCCCAAAGCUUUCAUUAUCUGGCUUAGCCCUACCUUCUGUGCUCGAUCCUGGUGAACUAUUGCGCGGAGGGCAAUCAUUGAAUCGCUCAAGCUCAGCUACAACACCCAAGGCUCAGAUGCGUUCGUCUUUCCUCAGCAAUGUGACUUCUAAUCCCAGCCUCGAGAGCUCAGCCGAACCAGCUCGUCGUCGUCCAGCUCCGCUGCGAUCUUUAGCUAUUGACUGUGAUUCACCAAUAUCGUCCCCAGAUACUGAAGGACCGAGAAGGUCAAUUGCUCACCGCGGAAUAGAGAGAACACCAGAUGGGCGUCUCAACCCUGCUUGGAGAAGAAGUAUGUCAAAAGACCGUAUUGCAGCCAAGAUGCACGCUAGAGGCGCUUCCUUCAAUGAACUCGGCAGCUUGAUCCAAGCGAUCGGAGUAGGUAAACUGCUAUCUGAGAAGAAGGGCGAAGAUUGGAAGAAUCAAGAGGAAAAAAUGGCGGUCGAAAUUCAGAUGAGAGAAUCGAUUUUGGAGCUUGUUCAAAAAGAGGUCGAAAUCAAUGGAAAUGUUCAAUUGGGAGUUUAUGUCAUAGGAGUCCUCAAAGUCUACCAUCCCGCUCAUGAAUCUCACGAUGAAGAAUCGAAUCACAAUAGUAAUACAAUCAACAAUAAUCGAAAUGAUUCGCGGGUGAUUGGAAUUGAAAAGGAAUUAUUAGAGGAUCGCUUCAAAAGUUGGGGCAGAGUUUAUCUCAAAUCUCUGACACGACAUCCUUCUCUUUUAGUUGUUGCCUCGGAAAUCAAGAAAAAGUUCUCCUGUCUGAUCUCAAAGGAGCUUGAGGAUCAAUCAUUGAGGAUCUUAAAACUCAACCCGACAUGCGGUAAUUGCGGCAAGGUCCUGAUGAAUUCAGUUGUGCCCAGCCACCCAUUACCAACAAUCAACAGUAAUAGCAAUCAGCAAUCACUGACGAUGAUGAUGAUGUUGAACAAUCAUAAGAAGAAGAUGCUACUGAAUAAUCACCAGAAUCAGAAUAGUAAUAACAAUAGCAAUAAAACUCUGAAGUGCGACAAAUGUCAAGUUAACGUAUUGAAAUGUUGCUUUUGUCAUGAAUCGAUUAAGUUUGAGCCAUUGAUUUGGUGCUUGAAGUGUGGACAUGGGAUCCAUUCGCACUGUCUGAAGAAGAUCAAGACAAGCACGACAUCCAAAUCAGCAGAGGAGAACGCAUCAGACCCUUUGAAGAACCCACCGACUAAUCCACUCGAGCCAGAAGCCCGAAACAACAAUCACCUUGGCUCUCGAAGCAGUCAUGAGCGGAGCGCAUUAGAACGUAAUCCCAAGUCGUUCUCUUCUUCUACGACGACAACAACUACUACGACUGUGGCCGAAGUCCACCCGCAACUCUCUCUAGGUUAUCCUUCUUCUCGACCGUUUCUUCAAUGCCCUAGUGGCUGUGGCUGCAUCGGUUGCUUCUAUUCUUAUUAAAAAAAAUUGACAGGGUUUUCUUGAUGAUCGUUGUGUUUUUUUUUUUUUUGCUAUCCUUAUCAUUCUGUAAAAUUAUGUGCUCCUAGCUUGUUAUCCCAUUCUUUGAGUUUUGGACUGCUGAUUACCGGCACCAGUCCCCCGGUUUUACUCCUCAUCAACUUUGCCUUCCACUCUUGAUUAUCAUUCCAUCAGAAUAAAAGUUGUAUUAGUAUACGUUUCAAGCGUGACAGUAAUUGGUUCCAGUUACCUGUGAACUGAACUGCCUUGACUUUUAUCGUUCUAGGAUCUCUUUUUGCUUCUUGAGUCAACACUAAGAGGUAUGUGAAGCGUCCAAAUGACGGCAA